AUGACCGAAGCACAAGAUGAUGAGGUCGGUGAUGACUAUUGGCAAUGGAUACAAGAUAAUCACGAAGAGGCAAAAAACGAUUCAAUCAAUUUACUGAAUACGUUCUUCGUGUUCGAUCGUAUCAAUCCAACGAAAGUACUCGCUACACGUUCACUUGUGAGCGAUGACCGAAAUAUGAACAAGACUCUCGGCUUGAAAGAAGCUGUUUGGUUCGGAGGAUUCAACGUUCAUCGAGAUGAGCGUGCUCGAGGCCUUGGUACGAUCUUAUUUGAAUACACUGACAACCACAUUCAACAGAUGAUCAAUAAAGAGAUCACUGUGCGGCUGUUCUCAGUUAAUCCUAUUUCCAAGCAUCUGUACUCAAAAUUUGGUUUCGAAUCUCAAGGAUUCGUUAAUGUCGAUCCAGUAGGAAAUCAACCAGUAAGAUCAACAUUCUAA